AUGGCCCAACGUGUUACCUUCAGAAGAAGAAAUCCAUACAACACCCGCUCCAACAAGAUCAAGGUUGUGAAGACCCCAGGUGGUGUCUUGCGUGCUCAACAUGUCAAGAAGUUGGCUUCCAGACCAAAGUGUGGUGACUGUGGUGCUCCUCUACAGGGUGUCGCCACCGUGAGACCAAGAAAAUACGCUACUCUAUCCAAGACUCAAAAGACUGUUUCCAGAGUUUACGGUGGUUCCAGAUGUGCCAACUGUGUCAAGGAGAGAAUCAUCAGAGCUUUCUUGAUCGAAGAGCAAAAGAUCGUCAAGAGGGUCGUCAAGGAACAAGUCGAAGCCGCCAAGAAGGACGCUUCCAAGUCCAAGAAGUCCGGUAAGAAGAACUAG